GAGCUUCCUCGGGAGGCGUUUCCCGAAAUGGGGCACCGCCACCGAGUUCUUCGUGAACUGCACCCACUCGCUCCUUUCACCUCCCCCUCACGUCUUCGUCCCUUCACGCUCCGCCCUGUAUCUUUGAAUGGCCAAACGACCCGUCAUUCACGCCCAGCCCCGCCUUCCACCACUGGCUUCUGGCCCUGCGAUUGGGCGCGCCGUCGGGAGGCGUGUUCCUGGGCUUGUGGGGCCGUGUCGGCGCAGCUCCCUCCCCUCGCCAACCCUUUGGCGGUCACCGGUGGGGUUAGACUGCCUCGUCACCGACUUCGCUGCCCCCGCCCCGCCCACCCCUCCGGCACCACUUGGGCUCGCCUCCCCCCUUCAGCCAACAUGAGCGACCAUGAUAUUUCAGAAGAAAUGGUUAUUGUAAAAACUGAGAAGAUAGAAGAAGGUUGUAGCAAUGAUGGAGGAAACUGUGAAGGCCAGGAGUCUCAGCCUUCCCCUCUGGCUCUGCUGGCAGCAACAUGCAGCAGGAUUGAGUCUCCCAACGAGAACGCGGAUGGCUCGCAGGGACAGCAUGGGGGCUCUAAUGAACUGGACCUUGCUGCUGCUGCAACUCAGAUGUCCCAGAAUGGCAAUGGCUGGCAGAUAAUUUCCACUCCCUCUGGGACUUCUGAUUCUCCAAAAGACCAAGGGACUAACAGCAACGAUGAGAGCGACUCGUCAUCCAAAAACCGACCUGCCGCUGGGCAGUACGUGGUUACCACCACCCCCAAUAUGCAGAAUCAGCAAGUCCUGACAAGCUUGUCAGGAGUGAUACCCAAUAUUCAGUAUCAGGUGAUCCCCCAGUUUCAAACUGUGGAUGGACAACAGUUGCAGUUUGCCACCACCGCCACCCAAGUCAGUGUCCAACAGGAUGCCUCUGGCCAGCUGCAGAUCAUCCCUGGGACAAACCAGCAGCUCCUUGCAAACCGGUCAGGGACUGGCAAUAUCUUGGCUGCCAUGCCAAACCUUCUGCAGCAGGCUGUCCCCAUCCAAGGAGUCAGUGCUCUCUCAGGGCAAACUCAGUAUGUCACUAAUGUCCCACUAGCUUUGAAUGGCAAUAUCACGUUAUUGCCCGUCAACAGCAUUGCAGCCAGCCUGGCCCCCACUUCUCAGUCAGUUACUCUGAGCAGCUCUGGUUCUCAGGAGAGCGGCUCUCAGCCAGCCACUUCUGGUGCCUCUAUCAGUUCCUCCAGUGGAGCUGCUUCCCAAGCCAACUCUGGCUCUUUUUUUACCAAUGCCAACAGCUACAAUGCCACCACCACAAGUAACGUGGGCAUCAUGAAUUUUUCCACCACUGGCACAGUGGGAACAAACGUUCAGGUGCAGACACCUCAGAGGACAAGCAGUGGUCAAAACACCGAUGCUUUGCAGGUUACCGGAGUUGCAGUCCAGUCGGGGCAGCAGAAAGAUGCUGAUCAGAAUCAGCAGCAGCAGCAGAUCCUGGUGCAGCCUCAACUUGUGCAAGGAGGACAAGCAGGCCAGACCUUUGCUACCCAGGAUGCCUUGCAGAACUUGCAGAUCCAGACUCUCCCCAAUACUGGUCCAAUCUUUAUUCGAACGCCCACCGUGGGGCCAAAUGGGCAGGUCACCUGGCAGACGCUUCAGCUGCAGAAUCUUCAGGUUCAGAACCCACAGGCUCAGACAAUCGCCUUGGCUCCAGUGCAGGGAGUGUCCCUGGGGCAGACAGGGAGCACCAACACAACACUCACACCAAUUGCUUCUGCCUCUCUGCCCAGUGGCACUGUCACUGUGAAUGCUGCUCAGCUGUCCUCUGUACCGGGUCUUCAGACGAUUAACCUUGGGGCCUUGGGAGCAGCUGGAAUCCAGGUUCAUCAGCUGCAAGGGCUUCCACUCGCAAUAGCAAAUGCCACUGGUGAUCAUAACACUCACCUCAACAUUCAUGGUAGUGGUGACGGGUUGGCUGACGAUGGCACCAACCUGGAAGAUGGAGAGAACAGUCCAGAUGCCCAGCCGCAGCAAGGCCGAAGAAUGCGCAGGGAAGCGUGCACUUGCCCAUACUGCAAAGACAACGAAGGAAGGAGCUCUGGGGAUCCAGGCAAAAAGAAACAGCAUAUCUGUCACAUGCCAGGCUGUGGGAAGGUGUAUGGGAAGACAUCUCACUUGCGAGCUCACCUUCGGUGGCAUACCGGGGAGCGGCCCUUUGUGUGCAGCUGGAUGUUUUGUGGCAAACGCUUCACACGCAGCGAUGAGUUGCAGCGACACAAGAGGACACACACAGGAGAGAAGAAGUUUGCUUGCCCAGAGUGUCCCAAACGCUUCAUGAGGAGCGACCACCUCUCCAAGCACAUCAAGACCCACCAAAACAAGAAGGGAGGUGUGCCCAACAGUAUGUCCAUGGACGUCUCUGCUGUCUCCAUGGAUCCGGGUGCUUCUGUGGAAGGUGCUGCCGGGGCGACACCAUCCGCCCUCCUUGCGACCAACAUGGUGGCCAUGGAGGCCAUCUGCCCUGAAGGCAUCGCACGCCUGACCAGCAGCGGCAUCAACGUCAUGCAAGUGGCAGACCUUCAGUCCAUCAACAUCAGCGGCAAUGGAUUCUGAGGCAGCGCCAGCUGCACCAUGGAGGUGUUGUGCAAACGUGGGAUUCUCAAGGUAGUGAUGGGUCCAAGAGAUCAGGUCUUUUCACUGCGCAAGUGGUGGAAGACGGGGGACUCACCUGCUCUGCCAGCCCUCCAAAAUCCCAGCUUGGUCUCCCAGGAAUGCUACGUGCAGAAUAAGGCCUGCUGCUGUUGAGGGUGGCCCUCAGAUGCUGGGUAGUAUUUACCUGGGGGAACAGGGACGGGCCAGAGCUCUUUGACUCAUUUAUAUUGCUCUCCUCCCCCCUUUCUAAAAGUCUCUUCACCCUCCCUACUAGGUACCCCAGAUGCCAUCAUGCCUUGGUUCUAAAUGUAUAUGAUCACUGAAAUACUUUUUAGCAGAAAAAAGAUUCUAUAUUAUUAUUAUUAUUGUAAUUAUAUAAAACUAUAAAAUAUGUUCUUUUUUUUCUUUUCUUUUUUUUUGAGAGAGAGGUUAAAAUUUGCUGUGACCAAAGUCUUUGGUCGUCGUUCGGAUGCCUUAACUUUGAACUCUUGAGCUGUUAGGCAACGCUCAGGCUUUUGUUGAGAUGCUAUAUUGCAUUUUACAUUGUAACUAUAUAAAAUAUAUAAAUUUAGCUUUUUUGUAUGCUUGGCUUUUAGAUUUGAGUUUUUCUUAAUUAUUUGGGCAAAAUCCCCAGCUUUGGUCUUUUUUUAAAAAACAAAACAAAACCCUGUUCUUCCUUGUAAAAAAACCCUUAAUUUUUCUCUAUUUGGAGAGAAGCAUAUCCAUGAAAUCCACUGUCUGUUCAUGUACAUUCACACCAGCUAUUUUCUGUGCGGUAGGGUCCAUGACCCAUAAUAGGAUCUGAGCUUUAUAGUGGAGUGAGUGAGGAGGGGGAGAAACGUGUGAUGAGCAAUUGAAAUAUCCAUGUUUAAAGAGAGCUUGUCCCUGCAGUUCCCUUUUUUGGCAACCCAGAUGCCAUAGGUUUGAGAACACAGUUGCAUUGUGCACCAGUGGGUUGGUGGGGGUCUUUUUCAGCUUCUUGUAGCCACUCACAGAACUGCAGUGGAAAUAAGGUCCAAGUAAUCUGGUGCCCACUCAGUUAGCAGUGUGCCAGAUAAAUUUUGUGGGCUGUUGCCUUUUUUAUUAUUAUUAUUAAAUUAAGUGGGUUUUUCCUAUGUAUUUGGAUUGCCCAGCUCAGGAAAUUUGUGGAACAAGUUGAAGCUUUGUGACCUGGAUUGGGGUUGGGGGUUGGGGUGGGGAAGGGUCCAGUAGUGAAUGCUCUGCAGUCAUGGGGAUUUGCACCUUGGAAUUUUUAAAGAUCAAGCUGCUGCAUUGCUGUGGAACACUGUAAGCACUUCUCCAGCUCUGUUCCACUCACAAUAGGCAGUGUUGUUCGGUGACACUGUGAGGCCUAUCAGCAUACACACACACACACUCUCCUCUUUCCUAGUCACCAUUUUGUCUCGUGAACCUGUUAAGCAUCUCAGUCCCUUACACCCAUCUUGUUCUCUUAUUGAUUAUACAUAUUCAUCCAGGCCCAUAAGGAAGAAACAGCAGGUAGGAUCAGGUCGCUGACAGCUACCACAAUCAUCUAUAAGGCCCAGUGUUGAAGGGAAAGUAAAAAAACAGAGACUAAUUAAAAAUGCUUGCUUUCCAAGCCCACCAGUACAUGAAGAUAUUUACAGCCCCCACUUCUGAACACUCCUCUUCACAAUUUCGGCAUUCGUCCAAAGCCAUAGUGGUUGGUGUUGUGGGGCUGUUGUGAGAGAGCUGUGUAGUAGGAGGCCAUAUUGCAUCUUCAUUCUCUUCCUCCUGUCUCCUAGCUAUUAAAAAGGCAAAACGAAAGCCCAAAGCAGCUACUGUCUAGAUAGAUUCUUCCCUGGAAAAAAGAGGUAUGCUGCUUCCAAUGAACACUGAGCAAACAGAAAAUCUCCAAUUGCAAGGUGAUUACUGAGUUAAGAAAUUUCACUACGCUCCUUUCUCUUAAGAUUUCUUCUACCUUAGUUAUGGAUGGCUGACCCUUUGGUGCAGUUAUCCUCCUUUUUCUUAACCUGUUCGGGGGGGGUCAAGUCACAAAUUGGGACCAGGUUUGGUAGGUGGACAUUAUUUUUGCUCGCAAAUGCUCCACCUGUAGGCUGCGCCUUAAUUGUGCUCCUCAACCAGGUUGCAUCUCCUCCUCUCCCCCAGCAUGGCCCAUCUCAUCAAUGUCUUUCUAUAUUAUCUGCCAGCUCUCCCUGAUUGGGUCAUCACUCUCCUGGACAACACUAGGAAUCAUAUACUAUGUGCCAGGCAGCCAGCCGGUGACAUCUUACUAUGUGUUCUGCCCCAGCUCGCUAUCUGAUCUUUAUGCUAACUGGAGCUGUGUAGCAGGGCCGGAGCAGGAGAGAGUUUGUGUGGGAAAAGUGAGGAAGGAACUGGCUGUGUUGUCUCACUGCCUUGGUAGGUAGCCAGAAUAAAAGUGAACAUUGCUAUUGAGCCUAUAAUCGCUGUGCAUCUCUGGUGUUUGCUUAGGCUAGCUGGGUGGCAGAUUGCACUGGGAUCAUCAUCUUCCACUUCAGAUUUUGUAAGGAUGUUCAGCAGUGAUGAGCACAAAUGGAAACUUUCUCUAGGACAAAGUUGUAAGGUGGUAUAGUGGUGCUCUGCCUGCUCUCAUCCUUUAAAUUAAAGAAGGGAGGGGGAGAACACCCUUGGAAACUGCCGUAUAUGAAAUGAUGGUGUGUGUUGAGAGUUUUGCAGCAGAGGCAGAGGAUCGAGUAAAUAGCCAGUGAAAAGGAGGACAUCAAGACCAUGUCUGGCUGCUGUAUUGCUUCACUCCUGUUUUAUGAGCCUUACAAAAUGGAACUCUUCAUACCAGCACAGAAAAGGGGAUGCCAGCAUCCCAAUGCCUUUUCUUUUCCCUUGACCCAGAUGUUCUUGUGUGUGUAGGUGUGUACUAGGAUCUCAAAUCCCUCAAAGAAGCCGUGGUAUCAAAAUGUGGUAAGCAUGCACCCCAAACUCCCUGCAGUCAGUUUUAUAAAAGACCCAGAUUGCAUCUCUAAAAGGUAACCUCCUUAUCAAAAGUAGAUAUGCUGGUCUGCAUUUCAAAUCUGCCAUAAGAAGACCACCUAAAACUUUUACAAGCUAAUCUCCUAAGUAGCACAAGCCCAGUUGUGCCAGAUGAAGGCAACUUCCCUGUCGUCUCCUUCCAUCUACAGCCUUGUGUGCCCUUAAAAAUUGCGCGGCUGUGGGUCAUUGUUCCCUCCUGACUAGCAUAGAAGGUAGAGCGGGAGGGAGAAUUGUCAGAGAGUUCCCUCCUCUUUUGACAGGAAAACCAUGCUGUGGGUGGAACUGUUGAGAGUGGCAAAUGUUAUGCACUUAGGCAAGUUGUUUAGUUUUAGGUUUUUUAUGAUGGGGAGAGAAUUCCAUCUGUUGAAGUCCUUCUGAUCUCUAUGCUAGAUCACCUCUGGCAAAUCAGAUAAACUAGUUGGCACAGAACCCCUAGGGGAAUGUUUACCCAAGACUGGCUACAAAAUUUCCUCUCUGAAUCGAGUGUUGUUUAAAAAAUGAGAGGGGUGUUCUCACACAAAUUUUUGAGAGCACAAACCAGAGCUCAAAGUUCCAAAGAAGCAGGGAUCACAGAAGUUCAACUGCCCAUCUAAGCAGUCCAAAUCUGCUUUUACAGUGUUGGAUUUUAGGAUUUCAUCAAGGACAAGGUAACAGUAUUGUUACUGAACUUAACUACUGAAGCAUUCCUUUGGAUGCUGAAGAGUGGGAGGGAGUAGUGUUUUCCUACACGAAUUUAAGUACCAAAUGGCAAGCAAUUAUAUAAAAACAGAAAGCACCAGGCCUUCAUCUUCCUUCUCCCAUUUUGCUUCCCGUUGCUUCAAAUUUAUUGUGACUGAAAUGUCUUGCAGAUGUCCCUCUUUUUAUUUGUUUGUCAUCAGAACACCCUUUGCCAGGAGCCGUUUGUCACAUCCAAAGAUGGCUGUGAAAAGUGUUGAUCUCCAAUUAAUGCCCUCAUUUUUCGACUCCUUAUUUUUCCACAGAAGGAGUUAAUGGGCCCCUGGGAAGGGCACAGCAGAGUGAUGUUGCCCGGCUGCUCUUCCUGCGGUCUGCCACUGGCAACCCCCUAGUGCCUUGUCUGCACAAAAAGUAGUAUUCAUGGUUCUUAUGUACAUUUUCUGUAACAAAGGAAACCUGGAAUCCUUUAAAUCUGUAUGAAGUUUUCGUUAUUCCAAAUGGUGGGCAGUUGGUAUGCGGAUAGAAUUCUAGCUAACGGCUAGAACUUUCGUCAGUGUUAGUUUGUCAGUGUGAGUGAAGCUUGUGCUGCUGCAGAUGGCCCUUCCAAAGAUUUAUAAGUCUUUUCCAUGUUUCAAGGGCAAUAUUGCUUAGUUUACAAUUCCUGCAGGGGGCCACCUUGUCUGCAAAGCAGACUUAAAGUGUAUUCUGGCAGGGAAAGAAACUAAGCAGAAACUGUGAAGCAAACAUUCACACCGAGAAAGGGAAGACUUUCUUCAGUUGACUUCUUUCCCACGUUGUGUAUUUAACGUGAAGACAUUUGUAUUUUUAUAUAAUCUUAGUCUUUAGAAACUGCAGUUGAAUUAGAAGGGCAGCAUUUUGCAAAUAUUGAAAAUUCCAAAUCCCUCAGUAGAACGCAGUAUUCAUUUUCUGAAAGUUCUGUAAAACUUCCUUGCCGAGACCCCCUGGUAGUAUUUCACCUGUUGGCCUGUGCUACCAGUUUUUUGUGCACACCUUUCUGAAGUACUGAAGCCCAGGUCAGCUGUCUGCAUCCAAAGGCUCUUUCUGUAAAAUGUUAGUUCAGCCUUAGGGAGGUGGUGUUUCUGCAAAGGUUGUUCUUUUAAACUGUUUCUUUCCUAUCCUCUCUCUCUGCUAUGGAGAAGGAGGCCUACAUAUUCAACUUGGGCAGUAUCCCAUGCCCCGAUUAUAGGCUAGUAAGUAAAGUAAUUCCAAUAAACUUUAGAAAAAUCAAUGCCGGAGGGGAAGGGUGUCAAUCUCCUGUUUUGGGAUCUUUAACUUUUCUGUAGAAAUUAGCAUAAAGUAGAGGUGGCCUCCAUUGCCUCUGCAUGGUAGCUUUGCUUUCUGACACUCUUUGAAACCAACCAUGCCUUGAUUACAAUCCUGUGUACAGUUGAAAUCCUGUCUAGAACUUGCUUGGAACCCAACCUGUGUCUUUAGCAUUUCUCAGAAUUUCUCCUAUGUUGCCAAGGUGAAUUAAGCUGCUACUUUUGAGUAUCCUCCUCCCCUUGUGAAGAUUCUAAUCAUAUCUUACCGUCAAGCCACACUUCUUUGUACCCUGCUCAGUGGGCUAAUGCAGGGCACAUGAACUUCUGGGGAACUGAUCUCGCUUCCACAGCGAUGUCUUUAUUGUAGCCAAAUGUGCCCCUUCCUUUUGGAUGAGGAAUGUAACCGCCCAAAGCUUCUCGUGUGGGAGAGGUUUGAAGUAUCUUUUUUAUAGGAACUGAGAAAGACUUCAAGUUUUCAAAAAGGGAAUAGACUACACUGCUGAACAUCUUUGUCCUUCUUGAGCGUUCUUCCCUUGUCUGUUUUAUCUCGUGGGGUCUUCUUUCCACCACUUUCCCUGAUGGUCCAGCCUGGUGUGUCAGAAAAACACUGUGAUCCUUUUAUUUGCUGGCUGACAUGGCCUUGGGUCUGCCUCCCGAAAUAUGUUCUCUGCUCAAAAAUAAGCAUUGCCAAACUUUGCACAGAAAACUGUGACGAGAUCUCCUUUGCCACAUAUAAGCUUAAAAUAAAGCUGAGUUGUUGUUGGAUGUCCAGUUCAUUUGCUGCGUUAAAUGGAUUGUGGAGUAUUGGUUCAUGCAGUAGGCAGGCUGCAGUGGAAGUAUAUUCUUGAGCUGUCCUUUUAGGCAGCAGAUCUGGGGAGCUGAGCUAAUGGUGGGCUUCCCCUAGUGUGUGUGUGUGUGUGUGUGUGGUGGGGGGUGACUCCCUGCAUUCAGACAGACAGCAUUUCAGGAGGAGGUCCAGUCGUAGUCUAGCCUUCCUUGAUGUAUUUUAAAGUGUGGGGAAUGUUACUCCUGACGAAGCAUUCAAACAUAAAGGUGUUCCCACUUCCAUUACAGUCCUAGGGGAAGCUUUACUACAUUAUUCUAGUGAUGGUAUAUACUCUAACCCACCUACAUGUCAAAUACACAAAAACAAACAAGCCAGGAAGAGCUUUAUAUAGUUCUUUAAAGCAAUCUGCAGUUACAAUUUUGGAAUUAAAUGUGCCUUUCUUUUAUAUACAUGGGUUCUUUGCUGCCAAGCCAAGUGCCAUCAGCCUUAAGUAACUUUGUCUAGCAUUCUGUGCCUUGAAACAGCCUAUUCUAGCUUUAAUCUUGUCACCUUUUGGUUGAAAUUGGCAGUAGGAGUUCAGUAACUCAUUUGUUCCCCCCACCCACCAGCUACAGGUGACAAGAUGUGCUUGCAUGCUUUGCAGUGGAAGCAGUGGAGAUGGCGCUUCUGUCUGACUGCCACUCACUCAUUCAUAGGCUCUGCUAAUGUUCAUUAAAUGCAUUAUUUUUGGGGUUUGUUAUCUAGAAUGGCUUGUAAUCCUUUUCCAUAGUAACAUGGCUGCCUCUCUUAUCCUCUCCCAGGAAGGGAGACUGUGAGGGUAGUGAUCUUAAGUCCUCUUUGGCGCGCUUACAGCACAAUCCUGCAGACACUUAAGCCAACCUGUAACACUGGCAAUAAAAUAAUUCUUGUAUAUCGGUGUAAAAGACUGUUUUAUCUUGUAAUAAUGUAUGUGCUUUUUUUAAAAAAGGAGAAAAAUCCAAUUACCGAUGUAAUGAUGUCUGAAACACUUUUUAAAAGUGCUAUUUUUGUACAAAGAUUAAAGUAGUUUGGCUCCUUUGUAUACUGAUCACAAUUUUUUAAAAUGAAAGGAAUAAAGCAAUUAUCUACAGAG